GGCGCGCGGCUUCCAGCAGCACGCGAGAAGCCAGCUGCGGGAAGCGGCGGACUGCUGAGGUGCGGACCUGAGGAGAUGGAGCCGCCGAAGGUGGAAAAGUUCAGCUCCACCAACAGGGGAAACGGGCUGCGCGCCUUGGCGCAGCUGCGCCCCGGAGAGCUGCUCUUCCGCUCGGAUCCCUUGGCGUACACGGUGUGCAAGGGGAGUCGUGGCGUCGUCUGCGACCGCUGCCUCCUCGGGAAGGAAAAACUGAUGCGAUGCUCUCAAUGCCGAGUUGCCAAAUACUGCAGUGCCAAGUGCCAGAAAAAAGCUUGGCAAGACCACAAGCGGGAAUGCAAAUGUCUUAAAAGCUGCAAACCCAGGUAUCCCCCGGAUUCCGUUCGACUUCUUGGCAGAGUUGUUUUCAAACUUAUGGAAGAAACACCCUCUGAAUCGGAGAAACUUUAUUCAUUUUAUGAUCUGGAGUCAAAUAUUAACAAAUUGACUGAAGAUAAGAAAGAGGGCCUCAGGCAACUCGUAAUGACAUUUCAACAUUUCAUGAGAGAAGAAAUACAGGACUCUUCCCAGCUGCCACCUUCCUUUGACAUUUUUGAAGCUUUUGCAAAAGUAAUCUGCAACUCCUUCACCAUCUGUAACGCGGAGAUGCAGGAGGUUGGCGUUGGCCUAUAUCCGAGCAUGUCUUUGCUCAAUCACAGCUGUGACCCCAACUGUUCCAUUGUGUUCAAUGGGCCCCACCUCUUGCUACGAGCGGUCCGCGACAUCGAGGCAGGAGAGGAGCUUACCAUCUGCUACCUGGACAUGCUGAUGACCAGCGAGGAGCGCCAGAAGCAGCUGAGGGACCAGUACUGCUUUGAUUGUGACUGUAUCCGAUGCCAGACCCAGGACAAGGAUGCUGAUAUGCUCACUGGUGAUGAGCAAGUAUGGAAGGAAGUUCAAGAAUCCCUGAAAAAAAUUGAGGAACUGAAGGCACAUUGGAAGUGGGAACAGGUUCUGGCCAUGUGCCAGACGAUCAUCAGCAGCAACUCUGAACGGCUUCCUGACAUCAACAUCUACCAGCUGAAGGUGCUCGACUGUGCCAUGGACGCCUGCAUCAACCUCGGUCUGCUGGAGGAGGCCUUGUUCUACGGGAUUCGGACCAUGGAGCCGUACAGCCCAGCAAGCGUGAAAACAAAGGACAAACGGUCAGAGCUCUGCAAGCCCUUUAACAGGCUGAAACGUGAGGUUGACAUCUGGAAGUUGGUGAUGCUUUUCACCACCCACGUGUGUGUGAGGGAGUUUAUGCUCUGGGCCACCAAGCGCCCACGGGGUCUCCCCACAGGUGCUCUUGGUGGACUUUGGGUUCACCUUUGGCCGAGGAUGUGGGCAGUUAGCUCAGCAUGAGUCACUGAGAGGUGACCAGAUUGCCACCCACUCUAACAGGUUUACAACGUUUAUAUAUUGUUUGCAACAGCGAGAUUGAGGGCAGGAUCAGGGGAUGAUUUUUCUCCCUCCUGACCUUGGCUAAAUUUUAACAACUACUGACCUCAGAGGAGAAGGUGUCCACAUUCUGUUUUUAUCCAAAUCACCACGUUGUCCUCAGCUCCCUUCUUGCCACCUUCAUCUGUUUUUACUCGAUAGAAGUUCCCUUUAUGAU